UCAGCUGACAGCUGCGAAUGGAUAUUUUUCCAUGGAUAAUUAUCGAAAUUGAGUAAAUUAUUACAUAAAACGUUUUCACUCGCUACUUUCAGUGCGUUUAGUGAUAUAUGAACUGUUGCAGCUACGUUUGAAGUGAUGGGUUUCGUGUGUUACCGAAAUAACAUCAAGAAACUGGAAACUCUACCCUAAAAACAUGGAAGAACCCCUCAAAAAAACAAACAAAACAUAUUUGGGUCACUUCAAAAUAUCUUAGAAAUAAAAAAAAACUAUAAAAUAAUCAGUAGAAUAGUAUAGUGAAGUUUUUUGCUUAUAAUAAAUAAAUAAAUAAAAUAAUAAUAUAUUUAUUUUUCGUUGACUUUUAUAAAAUCGUGGAUUUUAUUUAUGUUGAUUCCAUUUUAAUUUGUAUUUAAUACAAAGUUUUUAAAACUAUUAAACGGGCUGUUAGAUCUACUAGUGGUAGUUACAAAGUUACCAAAGAGAUUGUAUAUAAAAUAAAUAAAUAAAUAAUAGUAAAUAUAGAAACAAAAACAGAUAUACGUAGAUGCUGUUAAGUUUAUGGACUAGUAAAGAUAUAGAAGACAAGGAUAGAAAUAGCAGUGACAGUAAGAGUGAGCGAGACGCUAGGAUGGCAGCAACCAUGGUGGAGACUCCGCCGCCGCAGCUCAUAACGACAAUAGAAUGGGGAAUGAUGGACAAAAGCAAGUUCUUUCCAUUGUACACGCUGAGCAGUUUUACAGUACGAUGCGCGCUAUACCCACUUACACUUGUGAAGACACAGAUCCAGGUCCAGAGGAAGAAGGAGGCUUACAGCGGUGUCCUGGACGCCAUCUCCAAGAUCUACAGAAGCGAGGGCUUCUCGGGGCUGUAUAGGGGCUUUUGGAUAUCCAGUUUUCAGAUAAUCUCCGGCGUUUUCUACAUCACAACGUACGAAGGCGUUAGACAUGAGCUGGGCAAAUACGAAUUAAGUCCGAAAGCUAAGUCGUUCAUAGGCGGUGGCUGCGCGUCCAUAGUGGGUCAGACCAUCAUAGUUCCCUUCGACGUGUUGAGUCAGCAUCUUAUGGUGCUUGGACUGGUGAGGAGCAGAGCUGGUGGCAGCAAGAAUCCUAAAAUAAACCCCCUAGGCCUGGAUCUAGACAAGCGGUUCAGUAAAACUGAGCUAGCCAGAGAAGUCUUCGUACGGGUAUACAGGCUGAACGGCGUGGCUGGAUACUACAGAGGAUACGCGGCGUCUUUAGCCGCGUAUGUGCCUAAUUCAGCGCUUUGGUGGGCGCUUUACACCGCGUAUCAAGAUGAGCUCCUAAGAAUAAGUCCGGCGUGGGUGUCACAUCUAGCGAUACAGUGCGCCGCCGGCACUUUGGGCGGAUUCACAACCACUAUACUGACAAACCCGCUCGAUAUCGUACGCGCGAGGCUUCAGGUGGAAGGCGUAAGCACGAUGCGGCAAGUAUUCCGCGACCUAUGGCAGGAGGAGGGGCUAAUGGGGCUUUACCUCAAGGGGCUAUCGGCGCGGCUGGUCCAGUCUGCCUGCUUCUCCUUCAGUAUAAUACUUGGUUAUGAGAGUAUUAAGCGCGUGGCUGUUAGCGAUGAAUUCCGCGGCCGCGUGCGCUGGUGAUGCAAUAUACGUGACGCAACUA